AUGGCACCAUCAUCCAAAACAAAUGGAAACUCCACUUCGACUAAGCCAAAGAAGCAAUUGAAGCUAUUUGCGUUUGAAAUGGGAUGCUCCGGUCUUCAGGCACCUGGUCUUUGGAAACAUCCCAAGGACCAAUCAAGUAAUUACAACACGAUUGAAUACUGGACAUCCUUAUCUCAAUUACUUGAACGUGGUAAAUUUAAUGGAUUAUUCAUUGCAGAUGUAUUAGGGCCAUAUGAUGUGUACAAUGGUCCAAGAAAUUUCACUGCUGCUGCAACAUCAGGGGCUCAAUUCCCCACUAUUGAACCCCUGGCAGUGAUUAGUGCUAGUGCUGCUGUUACUUCGAAUUUGGCUUUUGGUAUUACAUUUUCCACCAUUAGUGAAUCACCAUACCAUUUUGCUAGGCGCUUGGCUACGUUGGAUUGGUUGACUAAAGGAAGAAUUGGAUGGAAUGUGGUUAGUUCGUAUUUGGAUUCUGCGGCUAGGAACUUAUUGAACGGGGAGGAUUUACCACCACAUGCUGAGAGAUAUCAACGUGCUGAAGAGUAUAUUGAGGUUAUUUACAAAUUGUUUUUGAGUUCAUGGGCUGAUGAUGCAGUUGAAUUGAAAGAUGGUGUGUUUUCGAACCCGGAUAAAAUCAGACAGAUCAAUCACAAGGGUAAAUGGUUUGAAAUCCCAGGACCUUUUAUUGCUGAACCCAACCCGUAUCAAAGAUUACCGGUUAUUAUUCAAGCAGGUACAUCUAGUGCUGGUAAGGAUUUUGCUGCUCAACAUGCUGAAGUUGUAUUUGUCACACAAUUUGCUCCUGAAGCUUUGGCCAAACUGAUAAAAGAGAUUAAACAAAUUGCUCGUGAAAAAUUCGGUCGUCCUGAAGGAUCAAUCAAAUUUUUACAAUUAAUCACCCCUGUAAUUGGAGCUACUCAAGAAGAAGCCGAAGCCAAAUAUAAAGAGUAUCAAAGCUAUGGUGAUAUUGAAGGUGCACAAGCCUUGUUUUCUGGAUGGACAGGUAUCGAUAUCAGCCAAUACAAAUAUGGCGAAGACAUAACUGCCGUUGGAACCAAUGCUGUUAAAUCAUUUCUUGAAUUAUGGAAUAAGAAAGCUCCUGGUGAGCCAGAACAUGUGAAAAAGACAAGAGAACAUGUAGCAAAACAAAUCACCGUUGGUGGAUUGGGUCCUGUUCUUUAUGGAACUGCUGAACAAGUUGCUGAUGAAAUUGAACGUUGGAUUGAAGUAUCUGAUGUUGAUGGAUUCAACGUUACUUAUGCAGUCCAACCAACUACAUUUGAAGAAGUUGUUGAGUUUUUAAUUCCUGAGUUGCAAAAGCGUGGAUUAGUUUGGGAUGAUUAUCCUGAUAUUGGACGUCCACUAACCUUUAGAGAACAAUUAUUUGGGGUUGAUCGUAAAGAUUCGAGCUUUUUGUUGGAAACUCAUCCAGCUCAUAAAUUGAGAUGGAGAGCGGGUGAAUCGAAAGAGGAGUUUGAAUCAAGGUUAAAUAAGAAGCGUACUAAUGAGGAAGUUUGA